GCGCUGUGGGGCCGGCUGGGUGAAAGAGGCGGGAGACGCGCCGGGGCGCGAGAUGGAGGCAGGAGACCAGGAGGUGAGCAGCAUGAAACUGCAGACAUUGCAGUUACUGCCCGAGGAGCAGAUAGUGACACUUCGUCAACAGAUGGUGGAAAGUCAGGCAUCCUAUCAACGCAAGCUGCAGAGCUCCCAAGAGGCACAACAUAGACAGGCAGUGCUUGUGCAGAAGCUACAAGCAAAGGUGCUGCAGUACCGGAGUUGGUGUCGGGAGCUGCAACAGAGGCUGGAAACAGAAAGGGUUGUGCAGGGGCCCCUUUCACACAGGUGGGAAGCCAAGGAGGAGCACAGCCUGGAGAGGGCACUGGUCCAGUUGGAGGAGGAGCAGCAGAGAUGUGAGAAUCUAGCUGAAGUGAACACCCUGCUCCGGGAGCACCUGGGCAAGGCAAAUGAGGUGAAUACAGCCCUUAGAGAGGAUGUGCAAAAACUGACAGUUGAUUGGACAAGGGCCCGGGACGAACUGGAGCUCAAGGAGAGCGAAUGGCGCACUGAACGUGAGUUCUUUGACGGGUACUUGAGGUGUGAACAUGAUCGACUUCUCAGCCUGUGGCGACAGGUCGUGACCUUCCGCCGUCACUUCCUGGAGAUGAAGACUGCAACUGACAGGGACUUGUCAGCACUGAAGGCAGACCAGAUAAGACUUUCUGGAUCAAUACUUGUCAGCUGCUUCCAUCUAAGUUCUGGUACGCGGCACUGGGAGUCGAACACUUUGGAAAGAUCUGCUCCGAGGGAUCAGACACAGCAGCUUUGUGCCAGGGCUCAGGAGCUGGAAAAGAAAGUAUACCAGAAAACCCAAGAAGUGAUGUGCUUGCAGGUCAAAGGGGAUAUAGAGAAAGAGGAGCUUCAGGGCAGGGUGAUGGAGCUCUCAGCCUUGCUGGCGCAGUCCCAGAAGCAGAAUGAGGAGAAAGAAAAGACUGUGAAGACGCUUAGUGACACGAUGGAAAUUCUGGAGGCCAGUCGGUUGGAGGUAGAAUAUAAAGCUUCACUGACCAAGAAUGCCAAAGAAGAGACCCUUUCCCUUCAUCAGGUGCUAAAAGACAUAACUCAGGCAGUGCUAGACGAUACUGACAACGCAGUCAGUAUCUCAUGGGUUGAGGGCUCCCAGCAUCCUGAAUCCAGCAACCUCUCCUCCCUGCUGAGUUCCAGUGACAUGGAAAGGGCCCUUGUUCUGGUGCACGAAGCAUUGUCAAGGAGGUGCCAGGCAGUACAGGCCCUAAGGGAGCAGCUUUCAGACAGCCAAGACUCUGUCCAUUCUCUGCAACAUCAGCAAAGGCAGCAGGAAGAGGAAUGCAAGAUGCUGAGGCAGAGGCUCCAGCAGCUGGAAGAGAACUGCAAGACACUCACCGGCCAGACGCAGCACCUCCAGUCCCUGGUGGAAACUCUCAGCAGUGACCGUGUGAACCUGGAGAAGGCCAGAGAAGAGCUGCAGCAACAACUGGAGGUGUCUGAGCAGGAGGCCUGGCGAUUGCGCCGAAGCAACACUGAGCUACAACUGAAGGAAGAUUUGGCUCAAGGGGAGAAGGAGGAGCAACAGCUGGAGAUGGAGAGGAUCCUUCGGGAGAGGGAGCGCCUUCAGAAGGCUUUAGCUGCACUUGAAGCAAAGCAUUCAUUGUUAAAGAGCGAGUUGGUUGCCAGGAGGGAGGCGCUGGAGAAAUCUCACCUUGAUGGGGAGUUGAUGAAGCAAGAGAAACAUGAGCUUGCCAUGGCACUGGAGAGGGCAGAACAGUCAAUUGCUGAGUUGACAGGGGUUCAGAAUAAACUGAAGGCAGAAACCGCUGAUCUGCAUGAUGUCGCUGAGAAGAUGAGUGGCAUGAAUGAGGCUCUAGCUUUGGAUAAAAUGCAGUUGAAUCAGCUUGUCCUGCAGUUGGAGCAGGAGAAUCAGGCUUUGUCAAGCAAAGUGAAGGACAUGCAGAGAGCAACAGCCUCUGUGCAGGAGGAGCUGAGCCUGUCCGAAAGAGCAAAUGAGGAGCUCUGUGCAGAGAAAACCCAGCUGGAGCAGUUGCUGCAGAAAGCUAAGGAGGUGCAGGAGGAACUGCAGGCAGAGUUGGGUGUGCUGAGAGAUGAGAGCAAAGAGACCCAUGAGGUGAUGAGUCAGAUGUGUCGCCAGGAGGAGUCAUCCAGCACUGACUUGGAGAAAACACGGCUGGAGUCAAGUCGCCGUGGAGAUGCACUGGCUAAAGUAUCCAGAGAAAAGGAAGCCCUGGUGCGUGAGAAGGCAGCACUGGAGGUGCGACUAGGGGCUGUGGAGCGGGACAGACAUGGCCUUUCAGAGCAGCUGGCAAUGCUCAGAUCAGCAAAGGAGAUCUUAGAAUCCAGCCUGUUCGGGGCUCAGCAGCAGGUGUCUCAGCUGGAGGUCACUAAGGGUCAGUUGGAAAUCAACGUUCAAACAGUCACCCAGGCCAAAGAGGUGAUACAAGGAGAAGUGAAGUGCCUUCGUUGUGAGCUGGAAACAGAGAGGUCCACAAUGGAGCGGGAGCGGGAGGAUAUGGCACAGCAGCUCUCAUGGACAGAGCAGCAAUAUCAAGAUACCCUUAGCCUUCGCCAAGCUGCGUAUGAGGAGAAAAUGAACAAGCUCCUGCAAGAGCUGAAGAGUGAGCAGGAAUGGCACCGCGCAGAGCUGAAAGAGGUGUCGGAGCUCUCAGCCCAAGAGAAAGCAGAAGCAGAAGGUGCUUAUGAGAAGAAGCUGUUGGAGCUGAAGCAGGAGGCUGCAACUAUGCAAUCUCAGAAAGAAGAGGAGCGAGCUAGGGUUGAAAAUGCCAGGCAAGAGGUGCUCCUAGAGAAAGAGAGGGAGAAGAAGUCUUUGCUGGAGGCACUGCUCCAAACACAGGAAGAGUUGACAGAUGCCUGUCAGCAGCUGGAGCAGCUUCGCCAAGAGGUGAAGAAGCAACUGAAGGAGCAGGACACCGUGGAGGGGCUGCAAGCUGAGCUCCAGGAAGCUCAGAAUCAGAUGGAGGCAGUGGAGAGCAGGCACCUGGAAGAGGUCAAAACCCUCAAACAGGAAAUAGACAUUCUCCUUCCGCAGCGAGACACCCUGCGAAACCAGGUGCAAGAGCUAGUGGUCACCAAGGAUUCCUGGCAACAGAUUGGCCUGGAGGCUCAGCGGCAAUUGAACGAGGUGCAAAAAUUAUCCAACCAGAAGAUAGUGGAGGCUGCUCAUAUCCAGAAGAUGUUAGAGGGGGAGAGGAGUCGACGGGAGGAGGCAGAGCAUCAGAACACAGAGCUCAGGGCCACACUCAGAGCUCUAGAGGGGGAGAGGAGCCAAAGGGAGGAGGCGGAGCGUCAGAACGCAGAGCUCCGGGCCACGCUCGGAGCCCUGGAGGGGGAGAGGAGCCGACGGGAGGAGGCGGAGCGUCAGAAUACAGAGCUCCGGGCCAUGCUCGGAGCCCUGGAUGGGGAGAGGAGCCGACGGGAGGAGGCGGAGCAUCAGAACACAGAGCUCCGGGCCACGCUCGGAGCCCUGGAGGGGGAGAGGAGCCGAUGGGAGGAGGCGGAGCGUCAGAACACAGAGCUCCAGGCCAGGCUCAGAGCCCUGGAGGGGGAGAGGAACCGACGGGAGGAGGCGGAGCGUCAGAACACAGAGCUCCAGGCCAGGCUCAGAGCCCUGGAGGGGGAGCGGAGCCGACGGGAAGAGGCGGAGUGUCAGAACACAGAGCUCCGGGCCACUCUCAGAGCCCUGGAGGGGGAGAGGAGCCGAUGGGAGGAGGCGGAGCGUCAGAACACAGAGCUCCGGGCCACGCUCGGAGCCCUGGAGGGGGAGCAGAGCCGACGGGAGGAGGCGGAGCGUCAGAACACAGAGCUCCGGGCCACGCUCGGAGCCCUGGAGGGGGAGAGGAGCCGACGGGAGGUGGCGGAGCGUCAGAACACAGAGCUCCAGGCCAGACUCAGAGCCCUGGAGGGUGAAAGAGCCAGCCUGGCUCUGGCCCUGGAGGGGAAGGAGCUGAGACUCAGGACCUUCCAGGAGAGAGACGAUGCCCAGCUGAGUGAGAUCAUCAGCCUGCAGGCAGCCAUUUGCCAAGCUCAGCAGCUCCAUUCUGACCACAGAAGAGAGAUACAGGAGCUCAACACACAGGUCCACUCACUCAGGCAGGCAGUGCUAGAGAAAGAGGCUGGUUUAGUGGCCCAUGAGAAGCAGCUGUCACAGGAUCUGGAGGAGUCGCGGGCGGGUGAGCGGCAUUUGAGGGAUUUGCUGCGGACACUAGAGGCAGAGGUGUCUCAGCUGCGCCUUAGCCUUUGCAGCACCGAGAGCCGGGCAGAGGCACUGGCUGUGGAGUGCCACCUCACCAGCAAUGCCCGCAGUGAAGCAGAGUCCCAGCUGGCCAGGCUGCACACCGUUCUGCAGCACACACUGUGUGGCAGCACUCUGGCAAGUGGAGACCUUGUCACAUGGAGUGCAGAACAGGACCGUGUUUGUGGGCUUACUGGGCCUCAACCUAAGGACCUCCCCAUAGAGCUCACAGCAGAGAAAGUGGCAACAGCCUUCCGGAACCUGCACCAGGACCUGAGGCAGACUCUGCGAGAUCGGGAUGAUGCCAGGAACAAGGCUCAGAAGCUGGAGCAGGAGCUGAGCAAAAAGGAGGCCGAGAGGGACUGUCUCAGAGCCCACACCCAAGAGCUGCAGAAGUGGUUGUCCCAAAGCCAGGAAGAGAUGCGGAUGGUAGAAGGGAAGCAGGGCUCACUCCAGGCCAUGCUGCAAGAAGAGGUCAUUGCCCUAAAGAAGGAGGUUGUGACGUUGCAUGGGGAGGUUGCAUCCUUGGAGAGGAGCCUUGAGGGCACCGAGAAGCAAAGAAGAGAUGUUGUGCAUGAACGGGACAUGCUGCAAGCAGCUAAGGAGAAACUGGUACGGGAGAUGGACCUUCUCCAGGAAUCAGUCUCUGCCUCUGAGACUCGGGCAAACAUAGCAGCAAAGAUGAGCCGCUCCCUAGAACAAGAGCUUCAAACAACCCUCUCUGCCCUGAAAAUGAAAAGUGAGGAAGCAGAGACUCAACAGGAGGGAAUCCAAACAUUGCAGAAGGAGGUUGCCUUGGGGAAGGCUUUGCAGGAAAAUCUGGAUCACCUGACUCUUGCCUUAAGCCAGAGAGAUGGAGAAAUGGAAACACUGCAAGAACAGAUUAGCGAGCUGGAGCAGCAGAGAGAAGUGCAAAGAACAGCUUUAGAUCACCUUACUAAAGCCCUAGAAGAGAAGGACAGAGAGGUGGAAUCCCAACAAGAACAGAUUCAGGAACUAGAGAAUCAGAGGGAAAUGCAGAAGACUGCUCUAGAACGACUGACUUUAAACCUAGAGGAGAAAGUAAAGGAAAUUAAAUUCCAGGAAGAGAAAAUCCAGACUCUGGAAGAACAUGGAAGAUCACAAAUGAAAGCUCUGCUGGAGGAGCGCUAUCUGAUCAAAGCAGACUUGAGGGAAAAAGAUUGUGAGCUUAUGUCUCAGAGAAAAGUAGCUGAAGAAUUGAAAGAGGAGGAGAAAAAGCAGGUGAAGGUUCUGCGCACAAGCCUAGAACACAUGAAAGCAAUUCUCGGGGACAAAGAGCGUGAGAUCGAAUCGCAGCGGGAGCAGAUAAGGAUUUUCCAGCAGUAUGAGGAUCAGCGGGAGGAAGAGCUACAGGACCUGCGGGAGAAAGUAAAACAGAUGACCCUCACUCUGACUCAGAGAGAUCAAGAGCUUGAGUCACAACAAAAGCAAAUUCAGAAUAGUAAGGAAGAGAUGGAAAUGAAGCUAAAGCCUCUUUGUGAACAUCUGGAGCAAACACAAGCAGCCUUAAAAGACAAAGACAGAGAGCUGGAAUUCCAAAUACAGAAACAUGAGGAAGAAGCAGAAGGGCAGAUGAAGGUUUUACAGAGAGAUUUAGAAUAUGCCAAGGAAGCACUAAAGGAGAGAGAUGGAGUCAUUAAGUCUCAGAAAGAGCAGAUCUGGACACUCCAAAAACAAGAAAGAGAAGUUGAGCAACAGGUGAAAACUCUUGACUGUCUUGAAGCAAUAUUAAGGGAGCGAGAGCAAGAAAUCGAAUCCCUGCAAAAGCAAUAUGAGGAGCACAAGACAGAGGAGGAGAAUCAGGCAAGAGUCAUGCAAGCAAAUCUUCAACAAACACAGGUGACUCUGAGGGAGAGAGAGGGGGAAAUAGAGGCCCUUGAGGAAGAAAUCCAUAAGCUUCAGCAGCAUGAGGAAGAUGCAGUGACACAGACUAAGGCUGUCUUGAAGACACUUGAAUAUACCAAAUCAUCUCUACAAGCCAGAGACCAGGAGAUAGAGUCUUUGCAAGGGCAUGUCAAGGAGCUGUUAGGGCAGAAAGAGCUGGAAGAAAAGUGUGUCAGGAGCUUACAGCAGGAUCUAGACAGAAUGAGCCAAAUAGUGAAGGAGAAGCAUGUAGAACUCCUCAAGCAGGCGGAGCAAAUUAGCAUAUACCAACUUCAAGAAAAAAGAAUGCAGGUGGCACUAAAGUCCUGCCAGAACCAAGCAAGUUGUCUAGAGGAAGUUGUAAGAGAGCGAGAGUGGGAGAAUGAGACUCUCAUUCAACAGCUCCAGCACCGAGAGGAAGAGCAGGAGACCCUGCACCAUCUCCAGCUUACACUGGCUGAGAAGGAGGAGAGACAUCACAGAGAGAGAGAGCAGCUUCUAGAAGAAGCCCUGAACAAGAGGGAACAGGAGAUCAAGGCCCAAGAUGAGCGAAAACAAUUGGAAGAGGAGGAGGCAAAGGGUCUUCAAGAAAAUCUCCAGCAUCUCCAGCAGACACUGGCCAAAAAGGAUGAGGAGAUCAAACACCAGAGAGAGCGAGUCAGGGGCCUGGAGGAGACUCUGAGAGGGAGAGAGCAGGAGCUGAGGACACAGGGUGAGCUCCUGAAGCAGCUCACCUCUGCUCUGCAAAGGAGAGCUGGUGAAGGGGAGACUCUAAAGAGCCAAAUCCAGAAACUCCUGAGAUGGGAAACAGAGGAGGCAGCCAAGAGGAAGGUUCUCCAGGAGAGAGACCAGCAGUUGGAAAGGCAGAAGGUGUGGAUCCAACAGCUGGAAGAGGAGAAAAAAGUGAAGGAUCAGGAACUGGAGCACAUGAUGGCUGUUCUGAAGCAGACUGAGAGUGUGGAGAUAGAAUGGAGGGAGAAAGCACAGGCCUUGGCUUUGUCCCUGGCCCAGAGCCAAGCAGCCAGUAGGACCCUGAGGGAGGAAAUGGCUGUCCUACAGUGCAUGGUAUCAGAGCGGGAUAAGGAUCGGCUUCAUCUUCAGGAGCAGCUUGCUUCAGCUCUCAGAGACCUAGAGGAGAGCGUUCCAAACAAGGCUCUGAAUGGAGAUGCGGAUCUGCUGCUUAGAGAGGAGAGAGCAGGGAAACAGCAGGCCAUGGGAGAGGAAGAGGAGCAGCUGGCAGCAGGGGCAGAGAGGAGACUCCUACAGCAGCGACUGGAACGUCUGCAGCGAGCUGUCGCAAGGCUGGAACAUGACAACGCUGAGCUGCAGCAGCUCAAUGCCCAACUCAGGAGGACUCUAGAGCAGGUGGAGCAUGAGCGGAGGAGGCUGAAGAGGGAUCGUGCUGGCCUCUCACUGCCAGAUGCCUGUGGACUUCCUAUGUCUGACUCUGGGCAGAAUAAGGCAUCAACUUCAGGACAGGAGGAGGCCCGGACUCUCCAUAGGCGACUCGCCGAGUUGCAGAAGCAGGUGUCUCUUCUGCAAACCCAGCUGGUGCUGGAGCGGAAGCACAAGCAGGACUACAUCAAGUGCUGUGCAAAGACCAGCCAGGAGCUGUCGGGCCUACACCAGGAGCUCUCUCACUCCUUAGCAGCUGUGGCCAGGGAGCCCAAGGCUGCUGUUCUAGAAGCAGAAACGCGGAAGCUGGAUGAAUCCCUGAACCACAGCUUGGCCUUGGUGGCUCUAGGGUGGGACGGCCAAUCUCCUGAGAUACACCCUCUGAGUUCCACACCCAGAGCAGCCCAGCAGAAUGAGUUGAGGUAGCAGGAUCAGCGUUCAGCAAAUGGGUCACAACACGGGCAAGGUCCAACCCUACGUGUGGUUUGGCAAUGCCGUUUUCAAAGGUGCCAUGGACAAUAGACUCUUGCCCACCUUGCCGAAGAAUCCUACAUGC